CGCAUUUCCACGUGGUGUCGUGGUUUCAUCUUUUUGUUUCAGAUAUUUCUAAUCAUACAUUGAACUACGAUCAGUAAACAUGGUACGAAAAAAGAUAGACAAUCGAAUAAGGCUGAUGAUGGAAAAUGGAGUUGCCAAUGGACACAGGACCAUGUUCAUCAUCAUUGGAGAAAAAGCAAAAGAUCAAAUAGUUCUCCUGCAUAACAUUCUUAUGAAAUCAACAGUAAAAGCACAGCCUACUGUCCUCUGGUGUUACAAAAAAGAUUUAGGAUUUAGUAGCCACAGGAAGAAAAAAAUGAAAGCUCUGCAAAAGAAAGCAAAGUCUGGCAAGAUCAAUUUCGAUGAUGAUGAUCCAUUUGAUCUAUUUAUAAUGUCAACCAAAAUUAGAUAUUGUUACUACAAUGAGACUCAUAAGAUACUUGGUAGUACAUAUGACAUAUGUAUUCUUCAAGACUUUGAGGCACUAACUCCAAAUUUGUUGGCAAGAACUCUUGAAACUGUACAAGGUGGUGGUUUAAUAAUCUUUCUUCUUCAAAGUAUUAAUUCAUUAAAGCAACUUUACACUAUGAACAUGGAUGUGCAUCAGAGAUUUAGAACAGAGGCUCAUCAAGAUGUAGUUUGUAGAUUUAAUGAAAGAUUUCUACUGUCCUUAGCCUCAUGUGAUCGUUGUUUAGUAGUGGACGAUCAACUUCAAGUGUUACCACUGUCGUCUCAUAAUUUGACCACUGAUUUUAGCAAGAAAAUAAAUCCAAUUGACACAAGUGAAUUGAAUAUGCUGAAGAAAAGCUUACAAGAUACCCAACCAGUGGGGGCAAUAGUAAAUUGUUGCAAAACAACUGACCAAGCAAAAGCUCUACUCAAAUUCAUUGAAGCAAUCUCUGAAAAAACACUUAGAUCUACAAUCUCACUGACUGCAGCUAGAGGACGUGGUAAAUCAGCAGCCUUAGGACUAGCAAUCGCAGGAGCCAUAGCGUUUGGCUACUCUAACAUUUACAUUACCAGUCCCAGUCCUGAAAAUUUGAAAACAGUUUUUGAAUUCAUCUCCAAAGGUUUUGAAGCCUUAAACUAUCAAGAGCACACGGACUACGAAUUUUUCCAGUCAACCAACCCAGAAUUCAAUCAAGCAACCAUCAGAGUAAAUGUGUUCAGAGAUCACAGACAAACUAUCCAAUAUAUUCACCCUGUUGAUGCUAAAGAUAAACUAAGUCUCUGUGAGUUAUUAGUUAUCGAUGAAGCAGCUGCCAUCCCGUUGCCACACGUCAAAGCCAUGCUAGGACCUUACUUAACAUUCAUGGCAUCGACGAUUAAUGGAUACGAAGGAACCGGACGUUCUUUGACGCUGAAACUCCUUCAACAAUUAAGAGCUCAGUCCGCUUACAUCAACACCACCAGUAGACAAAAAGAUCUUGAAGCUAAAGCUAUCAUUGGCAGACAAUUGCAGGAGCUUGUUUUGGAAGAACCGAUCAGGUAUGGACCUGGUGACAGCGUAGAGAAAUGGCUUUGCGAUCUUUUAUGUUUAGAUGUAACCACUACAGUUCCAUCCAUAUCCUCUGGCUGUCCUACACCAGACGACUGUCAAUUGUACUAUAUAAAUAGAGAUACCUUGUUCUCUUAUCAUAAGGCUUCUGAGAAAUUCUUGCAGAGGAUGAUGGCUCUUUGUGUUUCUUCGCAUUAUAAGAACAGUCCUAACGACUUACAGAUGAUGUCCGAUGCACCGGCGCAUCAUCUGUUUUGUUUACUCGGUCCCAUCGAUCCUGACAGAAAAACUUUGCCUGAAAUUUUGGUUGUCAUCCAGGUCUGCCUCGAGGGUGAGAUAAAAAAAUCGACAAUCAGUGACGGACUAGGUCGAGGUCGUCGUGCCGCUGGAGAUUUAAUCCCUUGGACAAUAGCUCAGCAAUUUCAAGACGAAGAUUUUCCAUCUCUCUGCGGUGCUAGAAUUGUCCGUAUCGCUACCCAUCCAGAUUACCAAAGUAUGGGCUACGGUGGACGAGCGUUGGAGCUUCUACGUCAAUACUAUCAGGUUUGUUUCCCCAACCUGGAAGCUGACGAGCCACAAGAAGUAAAGCAAAUUGAGGAAGACGAAGUAGAUUUAUUGGAGGAAACGAUUGAACCGAAGAGUUCGUUACCACCGUUGCUGUUGAAAUUAACGGAGAGGAGACCAGAAAAACUUGAUUACGUAGGUGUGUCAUUUGGCGUUACGGAACCUUUACUGAAAUUCUGGAAGAGAGCCAAAUUCGUACCGGUGUAUCUCAGACAAACGGCCAAUGAUAUUACGGGAGAACAUUCUUGUAUUAUGUUGUCGAGUCUUCAGAGUGAAGCUAACGAAUGGUUACCUGCUUAUUGGAAGGACUUUAGAAAACGAUUCAUCACAUUGCUUGCUUCGGCGUUCAGAGAAUAUCCUCCUUCGUUAGCGCUAGCGAUCUUAACGAAUAACACGAUUAAAUUGCCAAACGAAACGCUCCAAAAGUACGUACUGGAUACAUACUUCACAGGCUACGAUGUGGCUCGUUUGGAGAAAUAUGGUAACAAUAUGAGUGACUAUCAUUUGAUCAUGGAUCUCAUUCCACCACUAGCUAAACUGUACUUUUUGAACCUGAUGAAAAAUAUACAUUUCUCGGCUGUUCAAUCGGCGAUAUUGUUGAGUCUUGGCUUACAGCAUAAAACCGUUGAUCAAGUGGUCAAAGAGUUAAAUAAGACAUCGACAAACGAUAGCAAUGUCCUCGUAGCGUCACAAGUUUUGGGAUUGUUUAAUAGAAUUAUACGUAAAUCGACUAGCUACUUGAACGAGGUGAUCGCCGAAACAGUUGGCUGUUCGUUCAAAGAUACCAAAGAUCCGAGCAAUGCACUUGACGUUAAUCCACAGAACGCAGCUGAUAUGCACAAAGAACUUGAAGUAGCUGAUAAACAAUUGAAGAAAGAACAAAAGAAGCAGUUCCAAAAGCUGCACGAAUCCAUACAACAGUACGCGAUUAAGGGUAGUGAGAAUGAAUGGUCUAAUGCUUUGAAGUCAAGCAAGAAGAGCAAGAAUCUUAUUUCUAUUAAGACUGGUGAGAAAAAGAUAGCUCCCAGCGAAGAAAAUGACAACAUCUAUGAAAAUAGCAAGGAAACAAUGAAGAAGAGCAAAAAACGAAAACAUAGCUUGUAGAUUUUAGAAUGGAUUUAUUAUUUAAAACUGCAAUGAUUUUUG